AUGACUCACUUGCGUAUGUACAGCAAUCUCAUAGAUGAUAGAUUGUCCAUAAAAGAAGAAGACGUGGUGAUACUAUUCAAUGAAAGCAUGGAAAAGUACUUCAAAGAAAUAGUGCGGGAACUUUCAGAUGUCGAUGAAAGGCAAGCAGCGGAAUGUUCUGAAGUAUCCUCUCCUUCGACGUCGUCGAGACGCUUGGUCACACAAAUGCUGAAAGGGAGGAAAUCCAUCUGUGCGGGGCAUGUACCGUCAACUGUUCUGCAAACGAAACUGUUGCAUCCGGCAAAGGCUAGACUACAGCGC